GGCCUUAGCAGUGCUAAAAGUAGUGUGCAACGCAAUGAUGGAAACUUUUUAAUUCACCCUUAAAUCCUAAUCCCCUAACUUACCAAGUACCUCUGUGCUUUGAUGUGUAGAGCCUUUGUAAUUAGUUGCGCGAGAAGGCAUAAGAUGGAUAACCAGACUCGGCUCAAGAGCGAGCCGUCUGACGAACAACCUCGGUCGUUCCUUUCAAGGGCAUUACCAGAGGCCACAACUGGGCUGAAACUUCAACUUUGGAAUACUAGCCUGGCAUGCGAAAAACUCUGCCAAAAAAUCAGGGAUCUUGGCGAUGAGCACGAAACCCUCAAGCAGGAGCAACAUGACCGUAUCGCAAACCUACAAGAGGAAUUGAACUGGCUGCGUCGAGCAAAUGAUUCCCUACAUGUGGAAAUAAAUAGACAGCGAGCGGACUAUAGUCUGUUGGUUGGCGACAUUGGUCGCGUAUGUGAUGAAAGGCAGAUAGCGAUACAGCAGCGCGACGCGGAACAGUUUCAGAAGGAGAUGAACAAUUUAAUGCUCGACCAAUACCGUGACGAAUCUGCGGAAAAGAAGAAGAGAAUCGAGGAGCAAGACGUGGAAAUUAAGAAUCUGACUGACCUAGUAGCGAGACUUGAGACGGAUGCCCGGAAUCAAUGGUGCUAUUAUGAAAGAUGCCUCACUGAAGGGGGGAGAGAGAAAAACGAGCUAUUAAGGUUAUUAAACUACGAGAGAAGCCUAUCAUGGCAAAGACGACUAGCAACGGCGUCGACGAAUGAACGCGGUAGAAGACGUGGUGCUCGUAAGAGUUAGUAUUGCUAGCGAUAGCUUCAAGGGCUAGGUAGUGCUGGAAUAUGCUGUGUAGCACCUAAGUUUGAAUUAUAUGAGGUCUCUUAAAUAGAUGUCUAGGUAUGUAGAAUUAUGAAGGUUAGGCGGGUACCUAACUUCCCAAAGAGUUGGUUAAUCAGUUACGAAUAUUGCUACCUACCUCCCAACCCAGGUACUCAAGUAGACUUACGAGAUAUCGGCAUCUGGAUGAUACUGAUACAGCAAGUGUCAUGUCGGAAUUCCACCGGUAUCUAAUAAGGCCUGAAUCUCUCGGCCAGAAGCCUACCUUAGGUAUCUAGGUAGCCUACCUAGGUAGGUAGGUAUGUAUCACGGCUAUCAAUUGCCCGUGUGAACAGUAACACUAUUUUUGGGUACCUAAGGUAGGUAGGUAGCUAUAUGCUU